GGGGCUGCGGGUGUAUCCAGCCCCCAGCCCUGAGGAGGAGGAGGACGGAGAGGUGCUGGCUGGCGUCUCGGCAGAGAACAGACUCGUGUUUUUUCUCUGCGUCCUGGCGUCCCGGGGUUUCACAGCCGGGAGGCACUACUGGGAGCUGGAGGUUGGGGACGGGGACAGCUGGGCUGCGGGGGUGGCCGUGGAGUCCGUGGGGAGGAAGGAGUCGCUCAGCAUGACCAUGGGCAAGAUCUGGGCCCUGCGGCUCCACCGGGACCGGCCCGACACGGGCGGCCCCACCGGUCCCAGUGUCCCUGUGCCGCUGGCGCUGGAGGAAAAGCCGCGGAGAAUCAGGGUCCACCUCGACUACGAAGCGGGCCGAGUGACGUUCUACAACGCGGAGAGCAUGGUGCGGAUCUUGCAGUUCGAGGACGCCUUCACCGAGAAGGUCUUCCCGUAUUUCUGGCUCUGGUCGCAAGAAACCUGCAUCCGGCUGUGCGCCUGA